AAGAUAGUUAUCUCAAUGUCCGAAGGCUUUGUGUAGUCACUUUUUUUCACCAACGUUAUUUAGAAACUUAAUCCUAUCUAGAACAGAGAAUGCCGAUUGACCUGUAUUACAUGUCACUGAGUGGCCCGUGUCGGGCAGUUAUGCUCACUGCCAAAAUGGUGGGUGUCGAACUAAACCUGAAAAUCGUCAAUCUCAUGGCAGGAGAACAAAUGAAGCCCGAAUUUCUCAAGAUAAAUCCACAGCACACCGUUCCCACUUUAGUCGAUUCGGGAUUUGUUUUAACUGAAAGCCGCGCCAUUUGCGCUUAUUUAGUAAACAAGUACGGCAAAGACGACAAGUUGUAUCCCAAGUCACCAAAAGAUCGCGCUGUAGUCGACCAGAGACUCUUCUUUGAUCUUGGUGUUUUCUAUUCUGCGUUCUCCGAUUACUAUUAUCCAGUGAUAUUCCGUGGGGCCACGUCACUUGAUGAUGGCAAGAAAAAGAAAUUGGACGAAGCUUUGAGGUUCUUCAACAUGUUUGUGUCAGACCGUGAUUUUGCUGCCGGAGAUCAUUUGACAAUCGCGGAUCUUUCACUGGUAGCAUCUGCUUCUACUAUGGAGAGAGUGAAUCCAAAAAUUUUCGAUGACUACCCGAAGAUAAAAGAAUGGAUGGAACGAUGCAAAAACCAGAUUCCCGAUUAUCACGACCUCAAUCAGGUUGGCGCGGAAAUCUUUGGUCAAAUAGGUCAAAGUGCCUUGGCUAAAAUUCAGUAAAAUUUAAAAAAAAAUGCGAUUUAAAAAAUUGCCGAAAAGAAUACUAUAAGUUUUGAUCGGUGUACCGCGUUAUCAGCCCUUUGAGUUUCAAUCCAGUAUUAAAUAAAUAUCAUGGACGAUUGGUCUCCGUCA